GGCGGGGGGGAGGGUCCACGGGGAACAGGGCAAGAGGAGCUCAUAAAUAGGGCCCAACCUGGGUCUGAGUUCAGGGGUGGAGGCUGCUGCCAUGUGGGCUAGGCAGCUGAGGAAGUGGUACUUGCACCAGCUGCCUUGUCCCAGUCCUCUACAGACACGAUGGUGGCUUUGCAGAAGAAGCAAUCCUUGUUGUUCAUCAGGUGCUGGUUGAUGCAGGCUCUACAACAGGGGAGGGCAGGAGGAGGAGGAGGGUCUGUGUAUCCAUGCCACUUCCCUAGCCCGCUGCACCCAUGGGGCCCACUUACUUGCAGGACUUAUGGCCACAGGGCUGGAACACAGCAGAAAUGGGGUGAGCAUAGCAGAUGGGGCAGAGGUCCUCCUCGCUGGUGGGCUGCAGGGAGCAGAGUGCAGGGUGGGCUGGGGUUGGAUGCUCAGACCGACCAUGCCUAUGUAGUGUGCACAGUUAUGCCAACAUGUAUGUGGGUGGUGUACACCUGGUUGCUGUGGCCCCCCACUCACCAGGGAGGCUGCUGCUGCCUGGGCAGAUGCAGAGGUGAGGUGUGCCAGCAUCUGUUCCACCUGGGCCAACUCCUCAAGGCUGAUGUAAUCUGUGUCUGGAGUGGGGGUGGGUAGCAGGUGUCAGACCCACCUAGAACCCAGUGCCUCUUAAGUACCACAAUUUGAGAAUUUGCUCUUCUUGAGACUCCUGAUCUAUCCCAGUCCCAAAUCCCUGAUCCAUCCCUGGUCCACUCACAGCUCUGCAGGGAGAAGCGCUUCCGGUCAGGGGCAGGAAGGGCAGUGCCAGGGGCAGGGGGCUCUGACUGCCCCAGGAGAUAACAUAUAGAGCGGAGCUGGAAGCAGGGAUCAGCAAGGAGCACUGAUGUGGCUCUCUCUGUCCUAGGUGGGAGAGGGGGCAAGGGUAGUCAGAAAGCAGUACCUGUUGGAGGGCAGGGGGGGUGGUGGGACAACCCAGUCCACCUCCCUAUUUUUCACAUGUCCCUCAUUCUAGAUUCCAGUAAGAACCCAUACAUCCUGGGUGCCAAUUUAGGGGGGUGACCAGCAGAUAGUGAAAGUCCACCUACACCCUAAUUACCCUAAUAAACACUAACCCAAAGACAACAAAUAAAGAACAUCACUAGCAGCUUAAAGGAAUGCCUCCCAGGUUUCCCCUCCUGUUCCAGGGGACAUGGGCACCGGGCGACGGACUCGCGCCCCCCCUGGCGGUCACGCAUGAACCUUGGUUGUUGGGGGACCCGCCCCGCCCCCCUCCAACAGGAGCCAAUAGAGGCUGAGGCCCCGCCCUCCCCCGAGAGAGUAUUUAGAAGCUGACCAGGGAAGCACCGGGUGAGCUGGGGAAUCCAGAGGAGAGAGUGCUGAGUACGGCACGGCCCCGGGAGCCGGGGCUGUCGGCGUGCGGGGUGGAGCACGCAGCCAGCAGAAGUGGGUGAGUCCCGGAGCUGCGCCGUCCCACCCACCUCUGGCAGUCACCACCAUGGCCUGGCUGGUGCUGCUGGGCGCCCUACUGUGCAUGUCGCGCGUCGGGGUGGGCAGCCUAGGCACAGAGGGCUUCCUGCCCUCCAUGCCCCAUAACUGCCCCUACAAAUGUGUGUGCGCCGCCGACCUACUGAGCUGUGCGGGCCUGGGGCUGCAGGACGUGCCGGCUGCACUGCCGGCUGCCGCCGCAGACCUUGACCUGAGCCACAACGCACUCCAGCGCCUGCGCCCCGGCUGGCUGGCGCCCCUCUCCCGGCUGCGCGCCCUGCGCCUAGGCCACAACGAGCUGGAUGUGCUAGGUCGCGGAGUCUUCACCAACGCCAGCGCCCUGCGGCUGCUCGAUUUAUCAUCUAACGCGCUGCGGGCGCUGGGACGCCACGACCUCGACGGGCUGGGGGCGCUCGAGAGGCUGCUGCUGUUCAAUAACCGCCUGGCGCACUUGGAUGUGCACGCCUUCCGAGGCCUGGGCGCGCUCAGCCGUCUCUACCUGGGUUGCAAUGAACUCUCAUCCUUCUCUUUCGACCACCUACACGGGCUGGGCACCACCCACCUCCGUACUCUGGACCUGUCCUCCAACCGCCUGGGCCGCAUCCCCGUGGCCCACCUGGCUGCCCUGCCAGCCUUUCUCAAGAACGGCCUUUACCUGCACAACAACCCCCUGCCCUGUGACUGCCGCCUCUACCACCUGCUGCGGCGCUGGCAACAGCGGGGCCUCAGUGCUGUGAGCGACUUCGCCCGAGAAUACAUGUGCCUGGCCUUCAAGGUGCCUGCGUCCCGAGUGCGCUUCUUUGAGCACAGCCGUAUCUUCCAGAACUGCUCAACUGCCCUGGCUCGGGGCCUAGAGCGGCCCGAAGAGCAGCUGCAUGUGCAGAUGGGUCGGUCCCUGACACUGCGCUGCAACACCAGCGCCCCAGCUGUCCGCGUCGCCUGGGUGUCGCCGCAGCAUGAGCUGCUUGUGGCACCAGGAUCCCAAGACGGCAGUAUCUCGGUGCUGGCUGACGGCAGCCUGGCCAUCAGCAACGUGCAGCCGCAGCAUGAGGGGGUCUUUGUGUGUCUGGCCAGCGGGCCCCGCCUGCAUCAUAACCAGACGCAUGAGUACAAUGUGAGCGUGCACUUCCCGCACCCUGAGCCUGAGGCUUUCAACACGGGCUUCACCACCCUGUUGGGCUGCGCCGUGGGCCUGGUGCUCGUGCUGCUCUACUUGUUUGCGCCGCCCUGCCCCGGCUGCCGCCGCUGCUACCGCCGCACCUGCCGCUGUCGCUGCUGGCCCCGGGCACCAAGCCCCCUCCGGGAGCUGAGCGCACAGUCCUCGGUGCUCAGCACCACCCCGCCGGAUGUGCCCAGCCGCAAGGCCAGUGUCCACAAGCAUGUGGUCUUUCUGGAGCCGGGCAGGAGGGGCCUCAAUGGGCGCGUGCAGCUGGCAGUGGCUGAGGACUUUGAUCUCUACAAUCCCGUGGGCCUGCAGCUCAAAGCUGGCUCUGAGUCGGCCAGUUCCACAGGCUCUGAGGGUCUGGUGAUGACCUAAGCUGCCCUGGGCUCAGGAGCCAGGCCACCGACUGCCCGCUGCUUGCCCUGCUCCCUGCUGCCUCCCGGACAGCUGUCAGAUGCUAGUCGGGAGUGCUGGGCUUGGUCUUCCAGCCUCCUGUGUGGCCUCAGCCUCAACUACAGCAGCCUUACUCAUAAUACAAGGGCCGGGCUCCCCACCCUCUCUACUGCUCCGCUCUAACACAGGCCGAAGGGCGCUAGGCUCUAGCAGGACCUGCUGCUACCCAAAUGUCCCACAAGGACUAGAACUGGGGCCAUCUAGAAGAGCCCUUGCAGUAGAGCCCCAGGUACACCCUUAGGGGCCAAGGCAGCUAUCAAGCAGUAGUGGUGAAGAAUUGAAGAAUAACCAUCUUCCCCUUCCCAAUGUGACAGGAAGAGAGUGGGCCCACAGGGAAAGAGGAAGAGAGCUCUAAAGAAGACCUAGGCCCCCACCCAGGGUAGGAGGAGGAAGCAUGCACCAACAUCUAACCUGCAUCAAGCUACACAACUCCAUGCAGUCUGGUGGGCAGACAGAAAGCAGGCAAGGCUCCUCAAGGGACAUCCCCCCUAGGGGCGCCUGGCCUGAGCCCCAGUCAGAGCAGUCCUGCUAUCUCUGGUCAGCGGCAUCCACAGGCCACUCUGAGAACAGGGCCUCUUCCAUAGGCUCACAAGAUAGCAGUUAAGGCCUGUCCCUCAGCUUUUUAGCAGUAAAAAGCCUGCUGAGCAGGGCCAAGAUGGGAGGGCUGAGCCGGAACUCAGUGUCCCUGGAGGGUAGAAGCCUCUUAAGGGCUGGCACUGGUCUCGGCCUAAUGGCUGAGGCAGUGCCCUGGUCUCAUAUGCAUCUUAUCACCCACAGCAGGGAGGCAGGGAAGAAGGAUCUGAGAACCCCUCUUUGUGGGUGCUGAGCUGGGGGCUCCUACAAGCAUCCUGGAUCCAGUUGUCAUGGAGUUCCUUAAUAAAAGUGGUACAUGCUCAUUUCCGGAGCCUUCGCAAA